AGGCCGCAGCGGGCGCGGGCGCCGACGGGCCGAGCGCCGAGCGAGCGAGCGAGCGAGCGAGCCGAGCCUCCCGCCGCCGCCAUGGGCCAGAACGACCUGAUGGGCACGGCCGAGGACUUCGCCGACCAGUUCCUCCGAGUCACGAAGCAGUACCUCCCUCACGUGGCGCGCCUCUGCCUGAUCAGCACCUUCCUGGAGGAUGGCAUCCGCAUGUGGUUCCAGUGGGGCGAGCAGCGGGACUACAUCGACAGCACCUGGAACUGCGGCUACCUGCUGGCCUCCUCCUUCGUGAUCCUCAACUUGCUCGGGCAGCUGACUGGCUGCAUCCUGGUGUUGAGCAGGAACUUCGUGCAGUACGCCUGCUUUGGGCUCUUCGGAAUCAUAGCACUGCAGACGAUUGCCUACAGCAUUUUAUGGGACUUGAAGUUUCUGAUGAGGAACCUGGCUCUGGGAGGAGGCUUGUUGCUGCUCUUGGCGGAGUCCCGGUCUGAGGGGAAGAGCAUGUUCGCCGGCGUCCCCACCGUGCGCGAGAGCUCCCCCAAACAGUACAUGCAGCUCGGAGGCAGGGUCCUGCUGGUCUUGAUGUUCAUGACCCUCCUGCACUUUGACGCCAGCUUCUUCUCGAUUCUCCAGAACAUCGUGGGCACGGCUCUGAUGAUUUUAGUGGCCAUUGGUUUUAAGACCAAGCUGGCCGCUUUGACUCUUGUCGUCUGGCUGUUUGCCAUCAACGUGUAUUUCAACGCCUUCUGGACCAUUCCUGUCUAUAAGCCCAUGCACGACUUCCUGAAGUACGACUUCUUCCAGACCAUGUCAGUGAUCGGAGGCUUGCUCCUGGUGGUGGCUCUGGGCCCCGGGGGCGUCUCCAUGGACGAGAAGAAGAAAGAGUGGUAACAGACCCCUUCCCUGCCUGGCUAAGACCCGUAGCCAUCGAGGAAUCAUUCGUGGUGGAUUCGACAGAACUGCCAGCAUUCAUGUAUCCUCUUCCCUUCCCUCCCUUGGUAAAGGCACAGAUGUUUUGAGAACUUUAUUUGCAGACACCUAAAAAUUGAUGGCUAAAUCUGCUCUGGACCCACAACCUGAUAUCUGACCAUUCAGAGCUGGCCGGCUGGACGGUUAGCACCUCCCUCCCCAAGGCAAGGCCUCAGCUUCCCAGAGUGAGCAGUGUGGUUGGCUGUGGUCUCUCAGUCCUAUUUUCAUUUCUCUUUUUUGGCAGGGUGGGGGGCCUUCAAGCUGUACUGUGAGCAGAUACAGUUGUGUGUCAUUCAAAGCAGUCUCCCCUUAUUUUUUUAAAGUUUAUGUGUUUAGCUAAAACUACUAAAAGAUUUGGGAUGGCCCAGCCAAACAUCAAACACACUGUCAAACUCCCUGGUUUAAAAUCGCACCAGUGGCUUCUACAUUGUUUCUGCCCUGUGUUAUAAUAUAGGGACAAUGAAAACAUUUAGAGAAACCCAAAACCCAGGGAAUGAUGCAGUAUUAGAUGGCGACUGAGGCUGCUGUUGAUGGUAAAAGUCAUUAAUCAGAAAGUUGUCUUGGAUUGGUGCAUAAUUGUUUUAUGGGGUGAUACCCUAGGAGCUUUAGUGGCUCACGGUCUGGACGGUGGGCUAGAAGUCCUCGGGACGCCACCUAGAGCCCACAGGGACCGGCAUGCUGACCAGGGUCUGGCAGCAUGUCUGCAUGUUGGCCUCGGCUGCUCCCAUUUGAUCAGUUUAGGAGGAACAACCGCCACCGUGGGGCAGAGCAGUGACAGCGGGCUCUCAGACCAGUUACCUCACACUCGACCUUUUCGUAGAGCCAUGGCUGACACCGUGGGCAGAGCGCCGACCUGGCUGAGUGCCCAGCCUGGCUUUUCUUUGGCUGGAGGGAUUCCUCCCAGGCUGUGCAGCCAUGACUUACCAUCUUCAUGAGGCUGCUGCUUGCUCCGAUUGUCUAUUUGCUAUGCUGGAUGCAGCCCAAAUUACUUUUUACAAUUUGUGAUGCCUUACUGAUUGGAUCUUAAUGCUGUAUUUAAAGUUUUCUAACAUUGCCUUAUAUUGCGUUUCUCUUCUUGGGGGGGGUGAGUGCUGUUGCUGUUCUCCACUCAUCUGCGUUGUAGCGGAUGCCACGGGGAGAGAGUCAGAACAUCUCUGCCUCCCACUGGUCCUGCCCCCAGAUCCUUCUGCGGGGCAGACUGGGUGAGGCUGACCAAACUCAGAACGGGGACUUCCUUGGAGCUUGUCUUUUCUUCUCUGGUUUCAUCAACUAGGUGUGCAAGCCUGAGGGCCAUCUCCAGGCUUCUGGGGGCCAGGCCUGAGCCAGCUCCACGUUUACUUUUCAGACUAGAGCUAUGGUGGGGUGGGGAGCCUCCAUGUGCCCCUGGUUGGCUUCCCAGCGCAGGGCUGAGGCUGGCUUUGCCCACCAGUGCUCUUAGGACCUUCCCUGGCUCUGCAGCCUGGACCCACCUAACCUGAGGGGAGCAAUGGCACACCUUUCAACACCCCACCUUGUGUCCCAGCCACAGCACAGGCUCAUCCCAAGAUGUUCCUAAACCCUCCCCUGAAGGCCUGCCUCCGUGCUUCCCUGGUAUUUAUGAGAUGAAGCAAUGGCUUAAGGACAGAGAGCUUUUCUGCUUCACUCGAUGCUCACUACACGAAAGUGGUUUGUUUCCACCUCAGCAGGGCCGUCUCUGGGUCCACACCCCCUUCCCCGUUAACACAGCAUGACAGUCCUGUCGCAGUCUCUCUGUGGCACUGUUUCUGGCAGGGUACAGGUGCUCCUUGGCCCUCACUCAGAAGACCUUUGUUGGUUUGUGGAAGCUGGGAUCGACCCCAGGAGGCCUAGGGGCAUGGUCCUCACUAGUCACCCUGGAUAUUGGAGGUUGUCCCUGCCCCCCUGGCCUUGAGUGGGCUACUGCCUGUGACGGGGGUAGAUGCCUCUGUGGGGAGGAGAGAAGAAUAUGCUUUACCAAUUGGUUUGGCAAAACAAUUUCUGAAAUUUUUUUUGCUUUAUGUGGGAAAUAGGUAUAAAUCUCAUUUUAUGCUGUAUUUUAUAACUUAGUUGUGUUUGAAAACAUUUUGAUUUUUGGAAACACAUCAAAAUAAAUAAUGGCAUUUGUUGUA